UGCAUUAAAACACAUAAAAUCUCUCACACAGUAAAAGGCAGUGUCCAACUUCACAAUUAUCACUUCACAAAAGGAGAGCGAAAACAUGGUGGCGUCUUGUGUUAGCGGUGACGGCGGCGAUGUUGGUGGAACUUUGUUGUCAUUUUCUCCUACUAAACUGAUAGUCAAAGCAGAAAAUGUUACAGCAAAAGAAGAGCCGGACCAAAUGGCAGUGCUCAACGCCAAUAACACAUGCUCAUCUUUUCAAAUUCCAAAAGAUGAUGAAGCUGAGAAGGCGGGGAUGAUCAAACAAGAGAAGGAAGAUGAUGACGUGGCAGACGGUGUUUAUGAUGAUAUUAACGGUGGUUAUAUUAAUUCAAAUGGAUCGUCAUCUUCUUCCACUUCAUCGGUGAGUUUGCCGAAGCCAAUGGAAGGGCUGAACGAGUUAGGUCCCCCGCCGUUUCUGAGGAAGAUAUAUGAGAUGGUGGAGGAUCCGGAGACUGACUCGGUUGUUUCGUGGGGUGCGAAUCGUAGUAGCUUUAUUGUUUGGGAUUCGCAUGACUUUUCUGAAACUCUUCUUCCAAAGUAUUUCAAGCACAAGAAUUUCUCUAGCUUCAUUCGCCAGCUCAACACUUAUGGUUUUAGGAAGAUUCAUUCGGAUAGAUGGGAAUUUGCAAAUGAGAAGUUUCAGGGAGGGAAGAAGCAUUUGCUUAAAAGCAUCAAAAGAAGAAGUAGACUUAACAAACAACAAGAUGGGGUAAUAACUUGUAUUGAUUUGACCAAAUCUGGAUUGGAAGCUGAGCUUGAAGGUUUAAGGGAUGAUCACAGUACAUUGAGAUUGGAAAUUUUGAAACUGAGACAGCAACAAGAGGACUCACAGAAUCAAAUUACUGCGGUUGAGGAACGUGUACGAUGUGCAGAGUGUAAGCAGCAACAGAUGUUGAGUUUCUUUGCCAAAGUAGCCAAAUACCCCAACUUCGUUCAACAAUUAAUUCGGAAGAGAAAGCAACAGAGAGAGCUUGAUGGAGGUGAAAUUAGUAAGAGAAGGAGAUUGCUUGCAGCCCAAGAGACUGAAAACUUGCCUGACCGUGUCAAUUGUAGAAAUCAAGCUCAGGAAAUAUUGGCAUCAAUGCAAUCUGAGCUCACUGAUAUGUUACCAGACAGUAGUACUGUAAUUACUGAUACUAUUGAAGAGGCUCCAUUCCCUGGUGCUAUGGAUUGUGAAAAUGAAUUGUGCAAUCAUAUUGAGGAUCUGAAGGGCAAUGUGAUGAGUGAAACAAGUGAUGAAGAUACAUCAUCUGUAUAUCGCGUGUUGGUGGGAAGCCUACUUGGGGACAGUUCAGUUCUUGAAAAUAUGGUUGAUGAAGAACUGGCUGUUAACGACACUCAGAUAUUUCAUGAGUUGGAGAAUUUGAUCGAGAAGCCCUGUAGUUGGCCUGGAUAUGUAACUGAGCUAGUGGAGCAUGGUUGUGUUGGACCGAUGCUUUGAUGCGUUUGUUCAUUUCAUUGGUAUGUUACAUUUGCUUUUUCUUUAUAUCGCAUAAGGUUUAAUACCAUAUGCAGUUAAUAAUUUGAUGAGUAUGCAUGCAUUGGUACCGUGUAGGAUACCAUUGCUGAUAAAAUGGUGACGAGCUGGAGAUGAAGUGCAUGCAUGGCUCUGCAUAGACCAGUUGAAAAUUUCAGGUGGAGUAAGAGAAUACAUAUUUUAGACCAUAUUUCAAGACAAGGGAUUUAUGGUCUAUUCCCCUAAUGUUCAUAAAAUCUUCCCUUUUUUUCACCUCUUCUUUUAGUGUACAGUCCUUUGUCACUGUUUGUCUGCUGCCUUAGGUUGUGAAAAUUUCUGUUGUUAUACCGUCAUAUAUGACAUUAGCUAGGCUUCCUCUACGUCCUUCAAAUACUGACUGUGGUGUGAAUAAUUUCAGUGGUAUAUCUUUGGGUUUGGGUUCAAUUGCAGAGUUUUUAAUUUGCUUCUUUGAAAUGACAAUAUCAGAGCCUUAUUCCGUGCUUCA